AUGCUUUCUUGUUUGAUAGCCGUCAACAAAUUAAAACCUGUGGUUCCAGCUAGUUUCCUUACUUUGUCAUGGGUUCCAUUUGCAACUUUUUCACUUGGAAUGAAUGCGGUCCGGUGCCUUUUGACCAAAAAGAUUUUUACAAAGUUGGACAAUAUGCUCUAUUCUGCAUAUCUUCGGACCUGCUUAUUUAUUUUUGAAAAUGUUUCUGGAGUUCAGAUAUAUUUCUACGGCGAUUAUAAAGCACUGGUGUCUAAACAAGAGUCAGCAAUAAUUUUGUCAAAUCAUCAAUCGGACACUGACUGGGCAGCGAUCCUCAUGUUAGCAAGCCGUCAAGCGGAUGGAGAACACAUGUUAAGAGUUAUGGUGAAAGAUGUUAUUCGUUUUGCUCCUCUUUUUGGCUGGUAUAUUUACCAGCAUGGAUUUAUUUACGUGCGUCGGUUCAAAAAAUUUGUAUUGGCACCAGUUCAGCGGCAACUGAAAUUUCUUGGAAGUUUAGGAGAGCCCUUUUGGUUAUUGAUUUUCCCAGAAGGCACCCGGUUUUCGCCGAAAAAGAAAGAAGUAAUUAAGUCGAGCCAGGAGUACUGCAUUAACAAUGGAUAUCCGUUUGAUUCGGUUUUGUUUCCUCGUGCUUUUGGCUUCUUAACUUCAGUUCAUGAAAUGCGUCACACUUUGGAAGCUGUUUAUGAUAUCACUAUUGCUUAUGGACAAGCGAGAUUACGCCAGGCUCCAAAUAUGUUUGAAUUUGUUUGCGGUACGGAAAGUGCAAAACAUUACAGAUCAAUUCAUUUCCACAUUCGUCGGUUUAGUAUUAACGAAAUACCUAAAGGGGAUGAAGACGUGAAAAAGUGGCUUGCUGAGAGAUACAUUUACAAAAACUCGAUUCUGGAAGAUUUUUACAAUGGUAAAGGCCUACCGGAUCUUGUCGUGGCUGAUACAUUUCCGCCGGCUUGUUUCUUCUUCUGUUGUAUUCUCACUUCUGCUUUUUUCACAAUACCUCGAAGGAUUUUUAUUACUACAGUUAUUUCUUCUCCACUGCUAAUACUUUGGUUAAAAAUUCGUCGAGCGUUUUAA